AUGGAUAUCCUUCGACCCGACUUAAACACGUCUCAGCCUUCCUCUUCUGAGCUCUCGCUUGUUGAGUACGAAUCCGAGGAUCCUCUCGCGCAACUAGCGAAGGAAUUGAACCCGCAGCUAUUCGACACCAAUGUAAGAUUGCGAAGGUCCUUGGAACACCGUCGACGAGCGCUUGAGCAAGGACAAACUCAGGAUCAGUACCUUGUCUUCACGUCUGUACCCCCUGCGCAAUCUUCCAGACUGAGUGAUGAUCAGUCACGAACCAGCAAGUACAGUCGCAUUUAUUUCAAUGCGAAAACUGGAAUCAUGAUUGCAAAAGUCAUGCCGAAUCUAGCCCACGAACUCGCCAUAAGAUGA